CCAGCUUACUGCUUCAGAAUACAUGACAUGAUCAGAUGCGCACAGAUUCAUUGGGCGGAAAGCCACAAGCGAAGGGACCCAAUCGCCCCGCUCAGCGGGUGCUCCCUUCUCCUCGUCCGGGAACUCCCUUCAUCCUCCCCUAGCUAAUAGUCCAAUAAUGCCCACUAGUCUACUUGUACUACUCCUUGAGCUCCAGCUUGACAACCAUCCCCCUGCUGAGCACUUGGGUGAUCUGUCUCCGCGGGUAUUCGCGGGCUUUUAGCAUCCAUUAACCAUGUCUGCGAAUACGGAGUUUCUCCACUCCGCGCACAUCUAAUCUCGACAACAACACCCCAAAAAUUCAUCACCCCCACGCUUUGCUAUGCACAAAAAAAUAUUACUUUCCAGGAUUUCUAGGAGCUGCAAUCCUACAAGGGCGAAUGACCAACCACAAGGCGCGCGCAACAUGUCCCAAACAUCGUUUUAUUUGUGCAGCUUGCCGGGUUUCGGAAGCUACCGAUGCGCGCGCGCGCUCCUGGUUGUGUUGUCUCAUGUCUGUGUGUGGGUGUGGGUGCUGUGCGAUGACGGUGGGGUGCUUAGGAGGGGGAAGCGUGCGAGCAAGGCAGUGUCACGAUGGACAGACACAGCUGGAGGGAAUCGAGUGCGACAUGGUGCCACGAUAUGAUCUCAGCGAGAAUAAAUUUGUCGAUCUUGGGAUUUUCAAGGCUGAGGGCACGAGACUACGGUGUCGGAUGUGCGGUUUUCUCAUCGCGUCGCUCGUACUGUGUAUGCAUAUGUCCCAGGCCUGUCCAAUGUAUCCCAGGUAUCCUUCUUCGAACAUGCAUGAGCACCCAGAUAUCGACCUCAUUUUAAACACCGGGUCGAAUCUUUGCGCUUCCGGGAAGGUGGAAAGUUCGGCGAACAGAAGUGUGUUUAUCCAGAGAUGCAUUUUUUUAGUGGUUUCUACUUGUAGGUAGAGAUUUGGGACUGGGGUGUCUCGUGCCCAGAUGCCUGAGGUUCCAAGGUUGGGGUCGGCUUAUGGCGGGGUUAUCUACAG